AUGUGGACGCCCACGUUCCCGCCCGCCCACUCUUCCCGCCAACUCCCCCCGCCUGCUCGUACCCCAUCAGCUCAACCACAUCCUUCGCACCACACUACGGCCUCCCCCGAAGGCGUCCGCGUACGUUCCUCGGCCACCUUCGUCAAACUGCUCGGCCCCGUGGGCCACCAUCGGUGCUCACUCUCGGUCCGUCUCGGAUCCUUCGGCGACCAGUACGACGCGCAUCGCGCCGUCUGGCUCGGUGGCGUCGAGCUCCUCCGCACGAGCACCGCUGAGCCUACUGACUCCGGCAUAUUCUGGCGCGUCAAGAAAGACGUGACCAAGUACCGGUCGGUCUUUGAGAAACCCAAUAAUUUGUCAAUGAUGCUCGAGAAUUUAGUCAACGAGGAGUUUACUGGCGUUUACCACUGUAAUUUGACCGUUGAAUUUUACCCUGAUGAUGGUGAUGAUGAUGAGGGUUAUGUUGCUCGGAGAAUGAAUAGGGAGGUGAUUUCAUUGCCGAAGGAGAAGGAAAUGGCGGGCGAUGAUGAGCCGGCUGAUUUGAUUCUGCCCAUUUCGAACCUUAGCCCCGAAAACGGGUAUUGGUUUCGAAUUCAGAAUAAAUCCGAUGAUGUUCAUUCCAUGAACGUUACGAUUCCGAUGAAUGCUUAUCGAGCUGUUCUUGAGGUUUAUGUUUCGUAUCAUUCGAAUGAUGAAUUUUGGUACUCGAAUCCUCCUGAUUCGUACAUUGAGCAGAAUAACCUGACGACUCGGCGAGGGAACGGAGCGUUUCGUCGAGUGUUUGCUACGAUUGACGGGAAAUUGGUUGGCGCCGUUGUUCCUUUUCCAGUUAUAUUUACCGGUGGAAUUAACCCGUUAUUUUGGUCUCCGGUGGUUGCCAUUGGUGCUUUCAAUCUUCCGUCGUAUAAUUUGGACAUAACACCAUUUCUUGGGCUUCUUUUGGAUGGAGAUCCCCACGAAUUUGCGCUCAAUGUAACUGAUGGCAUUUCCUUCUGGCUCGUUGAUGCGAAUUUGCAUUUGUGGUUGGAUUCAGAAUCUACGUCAGUGGCUGCAAAACUGGUUCAAUACAUUGCACCUCCUCUCUCCAUUUCCCGUACCUCAAAGUUCUUCCACCUGAACGGGACUUUUAAGAUCGAUACAGGGAGCAAAUUCCACUUCACCGGAUGGGUAAAUUCGUCAUUUGGAAACCUGACUACCGAUAUCAAUCAUAAGCUGAAGUUCAAACAUUUGCUUGUGUUCCUAAAGGAUGGGAACUAUACAGAAGUGCAUGUGAAGGCUAAAGUCAAAAUGGGUGUGAGAGUCAUCAAACCCUCAGGAUUGUUGCUAUCUCAAAGAGCUCAUAAGUACAAAUAUCCCCUUAUGAUUAUGAGUUCGACUUUGGCUGGAGAAAACAACACGUACACAAUGAACACUAGUCUAUCUCAUACAUUAUAUGAAGAAAACUUAUCAUUGCAUGGCGAUAAAGUGCUAAGUGCGAAGGUUUUGAGUGAUUCGCAGAACGCCGAUGGUUGGAUGCUUGUUCAGGAUCAUAAUGUUCUGUCAGGAUCAGCUGCAACUAAGCAGAGUUAUAAGUAUAAAAGCAAUGAGGGAUGUUACAAUAGGAAAGUGACUGCUGAGGACGGAGAAAUUUUGGAGGAUACUAAGACUACUGUAUGCCCCCCUCCACCAUCUUAAUGUGUUUUUAGUGGAUGCAUUAGGUUUCUAUGUCAAGGUUAUGUGUUCAGAGUUUAGAGGGUGCUUUUGAUCCUUUGUUGUACUCUAUGUUGCUAUCAGGUUUCAAUAAAGCAUGCCCCCCUUUUAGAGAAA